AUGGCCACUUUUGAUUCACAGAUUGUUCACUUCUUAGACAUGAGUGUCAAGAGUUAAUUGUUGAUCAGUUUCACUAAUCAACAAGGAUAUUUCCCCAAAAUGUUGGCUAUCUCUGGAUUUAGUAAACACAUCGUAGAGAUUGAUAGUCACUUGAAUCAAAACUGAUGGAUAAAGAAGAUCAUUACAUAAAAUCCAUUAAUAAUUCUGGAUUCUUCUCCCCUUUCUUAACAAAGGAACCAUGAAAGAAGACAACCAAUCUUCUACCCUGGAAUUCAUUCUCCUGGGAGUUACUGGUCAGCAGGCACAGGAAGACUUCUUCUUCAUCUUCUUCCUGUUCAUUUACCCCAUCACAUUGACUGGAAACCUGCUCAUCAUCUUGGCUAUUCGCUCUGACAUUCGCCUUCACAAUCCCAUGUAUUUUUUCCUUGCCAACCUCUCCUCCGUUGACAUCUUAUUCUCCUCUGUAACCAUCCCCAAGAUGCUAGCCAACCAUGUCUUGCACAGCAAAUCCAUCUCCUUUGGGGGAUGUCUAACACAAAUGUAUUUUAUGAUUGCCUUGGGUAACACAGAUAGCUAUAUCCUGGCUGUGAUGGCAUAUGAUCGUGCCAUGGCCAUCAGCCGCCCACUUCAUUACACAACAAUUAUGAGCCCACAGACUUGUGUCCUUCUAGUUGUUGGAUCUUGGGUGGUUGGAAACGCCAAUGCCCUCCCCCAUACUCUGCUCACAGCUAGUCUGUCCUUCUGUGGCAACAAGGAGGUAGCCAACUUCUACUGUGACAUUACCCCUUUGCUUAAGCUGUCCUGUUCUGACAUCCACUUCAAUGUGAAGAUGAUGUACGUAGGGGUUGGUAUUUUCUCUGUGCCAUUACUAUGCAUCAUCAUCUCCUAUGUCCGGGUCUUUUCCACAGUUUUAUGGGUUCCUUCCACUAAGGGCAUGCUCAAAGCCUUCUCCACCUGUGGCUCCCACCUCACUGUUGUUUCUCUGUAUUAUGGGACAGUCAUGGGCAUGUAUUUCCGCCCUCUGACUAGUUACAGCCUAAAGGAUGCAAUCAUGACUGUUAUGUACAUGGCAGUGACUCCAAUGCUAAAUCCUUUCAUUUAUAGUCUGAGAAACAGAGACAUGAAGGCUGCCCUGAGGAUACUAUUCAGCAAGAGAAUUUCCUCAUAACCAAUGUGAGGUCAUAUUGAGGAAUGCAGUCAUCAAUUAGGAUGCACUUGGAAGUCCAUCCCUUAAUGUUCAUCCCCUCCAAGAAGCAACCUUUGAUCUUCCCAGCUACAAAAUCCCCUUCUCUGAA